UGUGUGCGUGCGUGUGUGUGCGCGCACGAGCUGGAUUCCAGUAAGCGAGGCUCUGAACGGAGGAGGCGGAGCCUUACAGACAUCGGCUUUACUCACUGUGGAAAACAACCUCCGGUAACCUUCCUCCACACACGGACACGAUCUCUCCGGCUGAUAUCGCCGCCACCACAUUCCUCCGCUCAGGAAAGAAACCCACACACUUUUUGGAUACUUUUUUUUCGGAUUUUAAUGCCUGAGUUAAUAAUUCAUUUAGCACUACUCUCGGGUAGUUUGCAUAUCUUUUCCUUUGGCGACGAGCGGCUGCGGUGCGGGGCUGAACAUAUCCGCAAGCUGUGUUUAGGUGCUCUCUCCCAGCCCCUCUCUGGAUGCAUCAGACUCCUCUGCCCCGGGGCCCUGGACCCGGUGUGUGACCCCGCCACCCUCACCCCUUUCCCCCUCUCUUCCCUCUCCCUCUGCCCCAGACUCCUUCCCACCUGUCCUCUUUGGCCCUCCUGUCCUGGGCCCCCUGCCUCUCAACCAGCGGGCAGAGGCAGGGGGCCAAGGCGCCAUGGUAGCCGUCAGCGCACGCAACUUCCUCGCCAUGAGCAGCGUGACCCCUCCAGAGGGCAGGCUUCAGGGGGCCACCUUUACCCCGCAUCACUACAAGCCCUUCAGCUCCCAUGCACACUACCAGCAGGUGAUGCGUGCUUUGCGUAAGCUUCAGGAGAGUGGCUUUUACUGGGGGGCUGUUGGGGGCCGGGAGGCCAGCUCCCUGCUGCGCUCCGAACCGCCCGGCACCUUCCUGAUCCGCGACUCCUCAGACCACCACCACUUCUUCACCCUCUCUGUCCAGACGGCUCGAGGAACCAAGAACCUGCGCAUCCACAGCGAGGGAGGCGGCUUCUACUUACAGCCAGACCCCCAAAACACCCACGAGCCAGCGCAGUUCGAUUGCGUGCUGAAACUCAUAGCGCACUACAUGGGCAAAGGAUCGGAGGCUGGAAGGAGCAGAGAAGGAGCAUGUGGCGACAACUCAAGAGAGGCGGAAAAAAAGAAGGGGUGCAGCGUGUAUCUGAUCCACACCGGCGGGGAGAGGGUUCCCUUGGAGCUGCGGCGCCCCCUCUCAAGUUCUCUCUCAUCCCUGCAGCACAUGUGCAGGAGGACCCUGAACAACAUUGGGGGUUCGGAGCGAGCCGAGCAGCUGCCGCACACUCUUAAAGACUUUCUGGAGGAGUACGACGCUCCUAUAUGACUGACAGGAACUGCAGAGUUUCCACUACAUGGACCAGGUGCCUGGAGGGCGGCACAGACCAGCGCAUACGUGAAUGGGCGCUGCAAUAGCCGUAGAUGCCAAUGUGAGGUCAGUUUUUCAUUGUGACCCCGAUCUGCUUCAACACUGACGGACACCUCGAGCCUCCCACUGACCCGGGGUCUGGGAUGAGGAGUGUGAUUUAGGUAAACAAUGAUUACCUCGUCCGUCCGUCCGUCCUGCCUUGCAAAAAACUGACCACUAAUGUGAGUGGCAACUGAAGCCAGAGGUCAAAGGUCAAUGUUUCCUAUGACUGACUCAGACGCAGAGCAGAGCCUCGUAGAAGAUUAACCCGAUUGGUCGAUAUUAACGACGACAGCAACGACGUGAUCAAUACGCCACCAGUGAUUCUUGUGGGUUUAAUGUGCUUAAGAAGAAACCCUCUCCUCUCCUCCGUCAGCCUGACAUUUACAACUCUGUGGAUCAGCGGACAGAAAGAAAGACGACAAAGAACUGAAAGGUUCAGAGGGGGUGAAAGAAGGAGGAGUUACUGGGAAAAGGCAAGGUCCAAACGAGGGGCCCAAAGCAGAGAACAUACAGUAUUUGUUUGUGUGUGUGUGUGUGUGUGUGUGUGUAUGUGCACACAUUUCCAUCACUGCUUCCCGCAAAUGUUGCCUCAUAGAGGGGAGUGGGGUGGUCAUGCACGCUUGCUCCACACGCAUAUACACACACACACACACACACACACACAGAACCACACACAGGUACAGACCAGCAUGUAGGUUUUUUGUUAGCGUGGGAACAAGAUUGAAAAAAAGCAUUACAAAGCAUCUUCUCCUGUUUUGUUUCUCGGUUCUCCUCCGCUACCCUUUCCCUGCAGCCCUUUGAGUUGCAUGUGCGCUUCGACAGUGACAGAAAACAGACUGCUGUUGCAGAGACAAAAGCUUGUUACUGAGACAAAAGCCUUUGGCGGAGCACCAAACAAAACAGCAGAACUUAUUUUUAUCCAGACCGGCUGGAAAAAUGUCAGCGACACUGUAAAAGCUCCUUGGGGAAUGACGACAGUGAUGAUGAUGAUGAUCCAAGAGAUUGAGUGGAGGGGAGGAGGGCGAGAAGAAGAAGGAUUGAACGAGGAGAAAGAGGAGCGGGAAAUGGGAUUAGGAAAGGGAAAUUGAAGAGGACAGAGAAGUGGGGAGGGGGGCUUGGGCAGCAGAGAAGGGGGAGGAGACAUACUGGUAUACAGCUAAACAAAAACAUUGACGUGAUUGAUGUCCCAGACUUAGAGGAAAUGAAGCCCAACAGGACACUGCUCCUGUAAAUAUAAAGCCAGGUUCUCCCUAAAGAAGCCUCAUGUGAAGAAGAAAGUUUUGGCUGAGUCUUAAUUCUCUCUUUUUUGAAACCCUCUCACAGUGUUUUCUACUUUAACAUCAUCUCAAACUUGUUCUUUUUUUGUGUUUUGAGUGUCCUUGGCUCUCCCCUGGUUCACUUACAUCAGGAAGGAGGAAAUGAACAGUUGUGUGCUUUAAUCCCUGUAACUUUAGAAAGGUUUCUCGCCCCUGUCUUACCUUCCAGCGUUACCUCUGAAGCAGGAGCGGGCAGUUGGAGUUACUUGUGUCUGAAUGUCAAGGGAACACAAGACUUCCUUCAAGUGAUUCUUAAAAGUAAAGAAAAAAAAUGGCCUUUUGUUAAACAAAGACUUGGAUUUGAUCAGAACUGUUUUUGUCUGUUUGACCAGUGCUCAUACUUACCUGUGAUCCAUAUUGGAGUGGUAGCCUUAUGUGAUCUCAUGUGGCCACUUGAGACAAGAAAUAUAGUGAUACACACUUUUCUUUUUGAUCAAAUCUCAGUCUUACAGAGAGGUGAAGCCCCUCCCCUUCCAGUGUCCCCCAUUAGACCCUGUAGCAGGAAAAAAUAUGUACGCCAGUGAACGGCAAAAGACGUUUAAUUUCUUUUAAUUGUCCCGUGAAUUACACACAUGACAUUUGUCAAUUUAAAUCCUAUUUUUGCAAUUAAGGAAAGCUGCAGUUUGUUGUAAUAGGGCUGGCAGAUAUGGAUAAACAGAACAACUUUAUAACAAUAACCUUGUUAUUGGUGUUAAAACAACAGCCUAGAAGAAGUUCAGAAAAUUUCACCACUUUACUGUAAUGCAGCCUUUAGAACCAAACACUUAUGCCGUACUACAAUAUCCAAAAUGUGAGACAAUAUCUAAUCUAGUAUCACAAUAACGACACAACAUCAAGAUAUUGUCCAGUAAACAGCAUCUCUCCUCUUGCACAAUAUGUCACAUUAAUUAGCUUGUGAGGUAACUCAGCUGUGUUCAAAAUUAUAUUUUAGAUUGACAAACGUAUUUGUAAUUCAUGUCGCAAUUUAAUAUGAAUCAAAUAUUACUUGUCCAGGGUUCCCACAGUCAUGGAAAACCUGGAAACGUCAUGGACUAUCACUAUCACAUUUCCAAGGCCUGGAAAUGUAUUGUUUAAGAGAAUAAAUUCUUGCUGUAAAUCCACAUUAUACAACAGCAAAGUUCUUAUUUUGCUGCUUUGUUCUCUAGGAUUGUAACCACCUCAUGUGUCCUUGGAAGGUUAUGGAAAAGUUGUGAAAUUUUGUCCAUGAAAUGA